AUGUCUCCACUCCUAUUUCCACCCAUCACACGAUCGCAAGUUCUGGCGUGUCAAGUUUCUUCCUGGUAUCCAAUAUUCGCUUCCAUCACCAUCAAAACCAUCAUUAUCCGACCGCUGAGUUCCGGGUUUCGUGAUUAUCUUCUUGCGGAUGGCGUUUAUAUACCGACGGGCGCAGAGGAUAGAACAUAUCUAUCAAAUGAGGAGUCAGACGAGGAUGACGAAGGUCCAUCUUACACUUUCCCCGAACUCGAUGCCCAGAUUCGUCAAGCCAUUGCCUUGUUUGGUGCAGUGUUCCCCAAGCUAAAUUGGAGCUCUCCCAAAGACGCAGCAUGGAUGCUCCCCAGAUCCUCACCUCUAAAGUGUACCUCGCCAGCCGAUGUGUAUCUGCUCCUGAAGUCAUCUGACUUCGUUAAUUUUGACCUCGAUCCUGUCAUCGUGUUUGAGGGUUGCGAAGCUGACCAAGAAGGGAAAUCAAUGAAUUAUGAGCUUGAAUUAUCGCUGCGAAAAUGGUACACCUUUGAUACAAGUCGAGAAUUCCGUUGUUUCGUUCGAGAUAAUGUUCUACUGGGUAUAUCACAACGGGAUCCAAAUUACUAUAACUUCCUCAACAGUUCCGAAAUACAAGUGACCGUCCGUAACACAAUUGAGCGCUUAUGGCGAGAAAAUUUAAUGAUGAAAUGCCCAGUUGGAUCGCACUAUGUGUUCGACGUACUUCUUACACGCGAUUUUCGUCGGGCACACUUGAUCGACAUCAAUCCCUUUGCGCGUCGCACCGAUCCGCUGCUCUUCACAUACCAAGAGCUUCUUGAUCUUGCCAUGGGUGCAUCAUAUCCGCCAAAAAUUGCCGUCGUCAAUUCACAAGGCCACGCAGAGGCUACCCGAAACGCCCCAGCAUACCAACACAACAUGUUACCUUUUGAAGCGCUACACUUUUCUGCUGGGCGAACACCGGAGAAUUUCAGUGACGCACUUGCUGCAGAGAUUAUUGCAAGCCAGAAAGAGCACGACGGACGAUUACUCUAGAC